AUGAUCAAGUUAUGGAGUUUACUGCUUUUCAUAACUAUAUUUUUUGUAAGUCAAGGUGGAAGCGUGAAGCUGUGUCCAACAGCAACAUGGCAAAAAAGUGCAACAACAGUCGCUGGCGAUGGUGCGGGUACAUCAGGUUCUAAUGCAUCAACACUUAUCAGACCAUAUGCCGUACGUGUUGAUAAGAAUUCAAACAUAUAUGUGCUCGAUAGUGGCAACUAUCGUGUGCAACGCUUUUCUCCAAAUUCUACCAUCGGCACUACAAUUGUCAACGGUAGUGCAGGCAUAGCAUUCAAUCAGUUUUAUAAUCUGGAUGACAUGAGUAUCGACAAUAGUGGCAAUAUAUACAUCCUUGAUAGUGCUAUUGGUCGUGUUACGAAAUGGGCACAAGGAGCGUCGUCUGGAGUGGUCGUGGCUGGCGGAAAUGAUCUCGGUAGCAAUGUAAAUCAACUCUCCUAUUCUAGUGGAAUGUUUUUGGAUCCCAAUACAACAGUACUUUGGAUUGCUGACACGGGCAACCAUCGUAUAGUAAAAUGGAUUUCACCGACAAGUAGUAUGGUAGUUUGCGGCAGUUUUGGAACUGGUAACAGUCAAUUUUACUAUCCUUAUGGGUUAUUUGUUGAUACAAGUGAUUCAAAUACACUUUAUGUGGCGGAUACAUCUAAUCACCGCAUUCAAAGAUGGUUAGCUGGAGCUACUAGUGGCACGACGGUAGCGGGAUUCACAGGUUAUUAUGGGAAUGGUCUCAAUCAAUUAUGGUAUCCAUCAUCAGUCACAUUAGAUAAUAAUCGAAAUAUGUUCAUUGUUGACUCAAAUAACAAUCGUAUUCUUCAAUGGGCUAUUGGCUCAAGUUCAGGAAUGAUUAUUGCAGGUGACAUAUAUUACGGGACAACAUCGUAUUUGCUCGACAGCCCGACAAAUAUUGAUUUUGAUUCCAGUGGAUCUUUGUUUGUUGCGGAUACAGCAAAUAAUCGGAUUCAGAAGUUUAUUGUAUCUUGUCCACCGGCACAGAAUAUCUCAACAGCAGUUUCGCCUGCAACAACAUCUGCACCCGUAUCGAAUAUCAGUUGGUCGCUGAAUGGAACGACUAUUGCUGGAUCACCGAUCGGUUGGAGUGGAAGUUCAUCCGUAUAUCUUAGUGUACCCACAGAUGUUGCUAUAGAUCGAAACGGCACAGUCUAUGUGUUGGAUUCAUAUAAUGGUCGUGUACAGUGCUUUGUUCCCGGUUCAACAGCCGCAACGACAGUAGUCAGUGGUGAUUAUGGUACGGGAUGGAAUCAGUUUCAUGGCAUGGAUGCUAUGAGCGUUGAUGCGAAUGGUAGCAUUUAUAUUGUUGAUAGUNAAACUUUACCUAAUCGAGUUUCAUCAAGCACAUAUCGAACCAUCUGUCCUCACCAGAAAAAUGUUAUUUUUCCUCAAAACAUCGCUGAGGAAACGAUGGACUAUAUCGGCAGUGAUUGUUUACAAAUCAUUCGUAUACAUUGUCAACUGGUUGAAUUGUGGAGUAGCAGAUUACUGAACUGUAUCGCACAUCUCAUUGCAUUUAUUCUUGGACUGUUUUGGCGAGAUAGGCAAACCGACACAAUCAUAAAGAAGACUUUUCCUACUGAGCAAACCACAUGCGAUUUUGUCGAAGAUCUCAUAUGUAUAUUAAGUUAUACACCAUUCCAUCAAGAAAUACAACCGCACUGUUCCAAUGAUACCACUGUUUUAUUGCAUACUUGUUUAAUGUUUUUAACGUUGAUAGUACAUAAACUCAAUAUCAAUUGGUUUUUUCGUUCGAAUUCGAAAGUACGCGAAACGAUCGCACGUAUGGCUGAAACAAUACAAAAUCAAGACCUGUCGUCAGCUGCGUACAAUAUUCUUUGCGAAACUCUUACAGACGAUCAACUGAAACGUUUGAAAAUUGCUGAUCAUAUCAGCAGUCAUUAUUUUAAUUUACUCGAAGAAACUAUCGAUCAAUCUCAGACAAACUAUCGAAGAAUACCAGUGGAUUUCAUGCUCCGAGCUUUUCAAUGUUUAUCGAAAAAUGAUUCGCUGCAACAAAAAGCUGCUAGUUUGAACAAGAUCUCUAUAUUCAUUAAUCUGAGCGAUCAAUAUCCUGUGGCAUGGGAUAUUAUUUGGACAUUUUCCUUCAACGAGGAUAUUCAAGAACAACUUCGUUCGAAUUGUUUAUUCAUGUCAAAGCUUUCUCAUCUUGCCAAAGAAACUGACGAUGAACAAAUGCGCAAAAUAGUCCACGGCAUUCUUUGGAAUCUCGGAACCAAUCACAAUAAUCGUUUAUUACCGAACAACAAUGAGGACAAAACAUUCGAUAUCAUGAUAAGUUAUUCACACAAAGAAAAAGCUCUUUGUCAUCAACUUUAUCAAGAAUUAACUAGAACAAAUUAUCGUGUGUGGAUUGACUUUGAUCAAAUGCACGGAAAUGUCAUGGAUGCCAUGGCACAAGCUAUCGAACAAUCACGUAUCGUUAUUCUCUGUAUCAGUGAACAGUAUCGAAAAAGUAAUUAUUGUCGCGCUGAAGCACAUUAUGCAUUUCAGUGUCAACGGAAAAUCAUACCCAUCCUUGUACAAAAACACUACAAACCCGAUGGAUGGUUAUUGUUUCUCAUCGGACAACUGUUGUAUGUCGAUUUUACAAAACAUGAAUUUGAUCAAGCAAUGAAUAUGCUAUUGAAAGAACUAUCACUAAAUGCGACGAACGAAUCAAAUAGACCAUCAACUGUCUCUUCGAAAGAGUCAACAUGCAUAUCUAAAGAUUCAGAGGAUAUCUUUGCAUGGUCAGCAACACGAGUACAACAAUGGUUGAUUGAACAUAAGUUAGCGCAAAUGUCUCGUCUUUUUUGUGAUUGUGAUGGGCGUAGUUUGGUGUUUUUGAGAGAUUGUGUGAAAUACGGUGAUUUUCAGUCGAUAUUCACUUCUCUUCAAGAAGAUUGCAACCGACGACUGAAGGAGAACAUGUCACUAAUUGAACUGUCGUGUUGUCUUUCGUUGAUCAAACAACAGAAACGACUGGCACAAUUAGCUCGACUAAACAAGAAAAGCAAGUGUUGA